AUGGAGAAGGCAGUCCUGCUGGUGUGCUCGCCACCCAGGAACAAAGAGGUCGAGUCUCGCAUGGCAGCGGGGACCCUCUUGACUGGCGACUGCACUGACGGGGAUGCGCCGGCAGCAUCUGCGACACAUGCCUCGCCUGCCACGACUCCAGCGUCACCACCGGUGACGACAGCAACACCACCGUCACCAACGUCACCGGCGUCACUGCUGAACAGAACCUUGGGCCUGCACAAGACCACCAACUCUGUGUACAUCGUGUUUGUCCAGCGCCCGGAUCACUCUCCAGACGGACAACAAGAUGUUCUCGACACCAUUGAGGCCCUGAUCCGUCCGCACGGCCCCGCUCUCGCCAGUCUUUACUUCCGCAUCGUCCAUCCGAGCUACCCCAUCCUCCACAAGGGCGUCUGGUUCGAGAAGUAUCAGCGGAGCUACAGAGAAUUUUCACCCCUGCUCCUCGCUGCCGCCUACGCCCUCGCCAUCGACUGGUGGGAGUACGAUCUUGCUCUGGCCUCCAAGAAGAAGCCGCCCGUCAACCGCUUGGUCGCCAUCGCGACACAGGCCCUCACCUGGGCCAUGACACGGCCCAAGCUGUCUGCCGUCCAGGCCGGCCUCUUGCUCCUCCAGCGCUCGGGGGGCGACUCCUGGGUUCUGACCAGCCAGAUGGUCGCCCUGUCCGAGGACCUCGGCUUGCACGUCGAUUGCGCGCCCUGGGACAUACCUGACUGGGAAAAGGGGGUUCGCCGCCGCCUGACCUGGGCCGUCUUCAUGCAGGAUAAGUGGGCUGCGGACGAGGACGACGCAGAAGUGAGCGCCCAGGUUGAAAAGGGUCGACACCUCUUCAUGCGUCUGGCUCAGCUAACUGAGAUCAUGUCCGACGCCCUUUCGAUCCUCUACGCGCCGUGUCGGGUCACCUAUCAACGUAACGAACCUCCUGACGUGGUCGUCGGGCUGCUGGAGCAGGUGAAGACGAUCGCCCUGAGGCUGAAGCAUUGGGCAAGUACCCUUUCUCCUGACCUGGGAAUGGACAACGUAAAAGCCCGUAAACUAUGCUCGAACGGAUACCUCCACCUUUCCUACUACGCUACCGAGAUCAUCAUCCACCGUCACAUCAUCCGGGGCCUGACUCCAGAACACCCGGAACACAUCCAAACCAUCUGCCGUGAUGCUGCCCAGACCAGGCUCGAGCACGCAAUGGCUUUCGUGGAGAAGCUACGCCCCGAGCACCUCCAGAGCUUUUGGUGGUUCGCCGCGCCCAAGAGCCUGGCCCUCAUCGGCAUCGUAAGCAGCGCCGAGGCCGUCUUCUUCAAGCAGAAGCUGGACGAUUUCCACUGGAGCCUGAAGGUCCGCUCCAAGGGGUCUCUUUCCAUCACCGCCGCAGUCCAAGAGAUGCAAGACGCCCUGCUGGGCCUAAGCACAUCUCAGCCUCCCCAUGCCGUCUCUCGUCCCACCUCGAUGAUGACCACCUCGUUGCCUCCAUACUCAGCUCCAGGAAGAGAACAGGAGCCCUGA